UUCAGAAAAAUAAAACAACAAUUGAGAUUUGUGCUGUCACAACCAUCGAGGCCUUCGACUGAACGCGUCAGAAAAAGAAGAAGAAGAAGAAGAGCAAUGAAGGAUGAACAAGAGCUAAAUUAUAAAAAGGAAGCUGCUGCCGACACGUUGUACAGUUAUUCAAAAUUUGUGAUUGCAAGGAUGGGAAGUAGGACUCGGCCAUGUGAUUUGAGGUUACAUUUAAUGAAGGAGAUUUCAGGCAUGCCAACUUCUCUAAUUAAUAGGGAAACACCACACGCUGCAGCAUCUCCCGAGGCAAUGGGUGAGUCAUCCAGCUCAGGAACAGCAAGAUUAGAUAAAGCAGACAGUUUUCGAGCAAUAUAGUUAAUACUUGGUAGUGGAUGGUGACCGUGUUUAUUGUUUAGGGUUGUGGCAUAGUGUGUGGUUGUUGGUAGAUAGCAGCUACUCUCUCCCAUAGUAAUGGUACAAAAGUAGGCACAAAAAUGGGCAGAAUUAUGUUUUCAAUCACCAUCUAUGCAAUGUCUCACAGAUUGGUAUAAAUUAUAGUACUGCUGUUAUUUUCAUAGCAUGUUUGGUGUAGGAUUAAUAAAGUAGUAUAGUGUUGUUUGAUCAUGGCCGUUGACUUGAUUGUUGUUUUUUAAGUUUGAUGUUGAAUUAGUGUGGUUCACCUUUGGUUUCAAUCAGAUGGCAAUGCAUGUGUUGAUUCAGUUCAAGUUGAA